UUGAGUGCAGAGAAGUUUUGGCAAUCGAAGACGAAUAUUUGCUUGUGUGUUCAUAGUAAAAAUCUACUCAACAAAGCAAUAUUAAGUUAAAUACCUUAAAUACAGCAGGAUCUCGAAAGUGAAUGGCUGCUAAACCAAUACUUUACUACGUCAAGCGUAGUCCGCCAUGUAGAGCUGUGCUAAUGGCUGCGCAGGCUAUUGGUGUUGAACUAGACUUGAAAGUUACUGAAACCUCGAAGGGAGAAAAUAGAACACCAGACUUUUUAAAAAUGAAUCCACAGCAUACUAUUCCGGUGUUGGACGAUAAUGGAUCAAUUGUUGUGGACAGUCAUGCCAUAUGUUCAUAUCUUUCCGAAAAAUAUGCUAAAGACGAUAAAUUGUAUCCGAAAGAUCUAGUGAAACGAGCGCUAGUUGAUGCUAGAAUGCAUUUCGAUACUGGCUAUCUUUUCGGAAGAGUCCGAGCGUACAUAGAACCAAUUUUCUACUUUGGCUGUGCGGAAAUUUCACAAGAGCGUCAAGACUACUUCAGAAUGAGCUUGCCCAUUGUAGAAGCUUUCCUAGAAAAUGGGCAAUACGUGUGUGGUAAUGAAAUGACAUUGGCUGAUUUCUGUUUUAUGGCAACAUUGUCCUCGGUUGACCGGAACAUUGAAAUUGAUUGGGACAAGUACCCGAAAUUGAAGGACUGGAUGAGACGAAUGUCUCAGUUGCCGAAUUACGAGAGUACUAAUGGCGAAGGAGCUGUUAUGCUUCAAGAGCUGAUUUCGCAAAGACUGAAGACAAACCAGGAAAAAUUAAACUCCUAAUUAAACAAUUCCAUCGUCACGGCUCGAAGACACGCUGAAGACAAAA